GACUACGACUCCGUCGUGUAGAGAUCCAUCGAUGUGCAGGAAUAACACACAUCAUACUACGGGCACAUCAGGAUACUAAACCGAUACAAAAAUAGCCAUAACGUUCUAAACAAAGGCCUGAUCGUUCAAAGCGUUCAUAGACAUAAAUAUUUAGAUUGGUGUUUUUGAAGAUUGGAAUCUGUCGAGUGUUGUAGAUAGGAGUAAUGUUAUUGUGUGGAAGCGUUCCUGUGGCCCUUUAAACAACUUUACUACACAUGACAGACAACGCCGGAUUGCCGGAUAACGUCAGCACAAUGACUGAGGUUUCGGGAUUAAGAAGCCCUUCGAAAUCUCGGCCUCUCGGAGAAGUCAAAGACAAUAUCAUUUACUUUGACGAAGACAACCAGAUACAACGGCCUACGAACUCGUCCCGGGAGGGACGCCGUCGGCGCGCCGAAAGGUACAGCAUUCGGCGGAUGAAGGAAAUGCGCGAGAGUCUUCGUCAGGCAGCUUUGAUCAACAUUGUGGCAGCAGUCAACGAGGGGUGUGACGAAAUCACUACGCCAAGGAAAUCUCAAUCAUCUGUAGACCCGUUCACGAACACAAUGGCCGUUCUGUCGAACCUUGUGUUAAAUAAGGACAGAACUAUAUCUAUUCCUAAGCAACAAGUGUUCAAGGAGGCUCCACAAAAAUUCUCCAUCAAGAAACCACUCUUUUAUAAAAAUUCUGCGGACGAACCUUCUCAAGAAGAUGAUGAUGAUGAUGAGGUGGAGCAAAGGAAGAGGAACAUUUCCUUGUCCCGGACACGUAGUUCUUUGGGAGAUACCCCGCCAACAACUGCCAAGGCAGAGAACAUCUCUAUAUCCGUACCCCUUCAACAGAUCAACGAGGAGAGUAAGGAGGAGGCCCCGGACAAGGAAUGGAUAGAUAGUCCGGCCAAGGUGAGAAUAGCGAGGUCAUGGACUCCACGACGGCGCUUUGUGUCGCUCAACAAACGUAACGACACGCGGAUCACUACAAGUAUUGCAAAGUGUGAUGCUGUAGAUAUUUACGAGUCUACCGAUACAUUAAAUGGGAACUACGUCACAAAUAGUGUACCUCCUCAACACCGUCCUAACUCGUCUAGUGACCUCAAUAUAUACCGUGCUAAAUCGCUUCCGUCAAUAUUUCCAGUGAAAAGACGAAAAUCGUGCGCGUUGCAGGAUUCUCCUCAGAUACUGACAAACAAUGAAAAGGUGAAGGUCACCGCUCCGUUCAAACCACCGGUACAAAAGACUGUAAGGGAAAACAAUAUAGCAGCUGACAACCCUAUAUUGUCUAAGAAUAUACAAAAAUUGUCACUCGGGUCAACUGUUAGUGGUAGUAGUAGAAAGCCGGACAGUAAACCGAGCAGUGGAGGGUUCACGUUUCCAGAGGAACAGACGGAAAAUCUACCUUGUCUUCAACAAGUAGACCCAACAAUGUCACUGGAGUGUCGGUCUCUUACAAUGACGUCACAGAUGAUGGGCGGAAGUACAAAAAAUAGGAGGAUAAGUACAAACACACCAGCUUUUAGGAUACCAGAACACGUGCUUACAAACGAACGUGACAUGAUGCGAGAAAUAGACAAUCAGUUCGAGGAAUUACAAAAACGGAUAUCUAGGAAGAUUCUAAAUUGGAGCGACAGAAAAACUGGACCGCCCUCCGCGAACCAACAAGAUAUAGUUGUGUCGGGGUACAAUGUGCUCGGUAAGGACACUGGUAUAAAGUCUAGUCUGAGUAGUGCCCAGAGCCGGGGAACUAAUAACUCCAUGAGGGGACUCAAACGGGUCAAGUUCGUGGACGAAGAAACAAGCGGGUACGACGAUGGCCGGAGCGCGAUCAGUAGCUCGGUAUUCUGGGACGAUAAUGAGAGAGCUGCUAUUAGAGCACAGGGCGUGGCUAAUAAGAUGCACGAGCCAGUCCGCCCAAUAAAACCCAUGUCGACGAACGAACUUAUACGUUUGAAGAAACGACUAAUGCCGGGUCAUUACAACACGGCAAACAAACAUGCCAAGUACAACAUUCUGGACAAUAAUAGCAUUCGCAUUUCGGGCAUGCGCUCUCGUCAAAGCACUUCGACUGCUACCAGUUUUACCUCUUCUCAAUCCGACCGGCGCUCGCUAGUGUCCGAAACGGACCUGGCUAGUUUUGACGGAUUCGUGGAGUUCAGUGGCCGGGAGCCCGAUGCUACAAACCGGAACAGUUCCAAAGUCCCAAAAAGUUUCGGUAUGUCCUCAUUUUAUCCAGACUCCCAAAGUCUGUACGUAGGUAGAGGAGAAUAUGGCAUGGACGAGACGACAGACACAGAAGACGAUGAUGGCGAUGAUGAUGACGACGAUGACAUAGAAAAUAUACGGUUGGGAGACGAGAGCUUUCGUGUUUUAAAAGCUAUUGAUUUAGGGACUCUAUCUGGCUAUCAAAAUAGACGUUUUAAAAAACCAAGCAUUAAAGAAACAGCUACAACUCAGCACUAUGUGAAAAUCAAAAUGAAAUGAAUUAAGACAUUUUGGAAAGAAUAUGAAUACAAAAUAAAUCAUGUUCUCAAUGUAUCAACUGACAGCUCGGUAAUGAAAACGGACAUUAUUCUAGACAGGAUAUUACAUCAUGUGGUGAUGUAGCCGGAUGUGACGUACGGAUUUAUAUCAAUCAGACUUAUUGGGACGAAUUCAUUGGGAAUGUUAUAAGUAUAUGUGUGUCUAAAUGCAAUUUCGUGUUCUGUCGAUAUGGACAUUUAUGACAAGUAACACACCUAGGUAAAAAGACAGGAUAUUAAUCGCGCAGACGGUCUUCCUUUUUCUAUGUCUGCGGAUUCACUUCCGUUGUGAUAAAACCCGACCACAUACGAAUGGAGGUAAAUGUAAUUCCAUGUAAAUUGCCUGGAGAUGUGUUUGAUAUGCGCUGUACGACAAGUGGAGGCCAGAUAAACCUUGUAUUGACGUAAUAAUCAGCAUAAAAUCUGGAAAGAGAACUUUUAUUGUCCAACGGGCAUUGAUCCGGACAGAUAUCAUCGACUGUCAGUUCUGCUCCAUAGAUCGAUCGGCAUUCUCAUUCCGAUAUUUGUAUUUCAUUUCGAGUCUUACAGAGCGUCACUGUAAAAUCUUCAUCAAUAUUUCUAGAUUAGCAGUGUCUUCACGUUGCUUGUUUAUUCCGACAGAUGAAGUCAUUUUCGGAAGACAGUGAAAAAAAUUAUUAUAAAAAUUGGAUAAAGGAAAUUGGACAUAAAUAUAUUUAUGUUUAUUUAAGGAUACUUAUUGACUGGUGUACUGUAUAACUACAUGUAAUAGGAUGUUUGUAGGUACAGUGUAAUCACCAAGUCCUUUUGUCAGUGCCGAGAACGAGAGGAUCGGCGAUUUACACAAGUGUUUAAGCAUAUUUCAACUAUACAUGUAUUGAAAAGACAUCUCAUUAAAAUUAAAUUGACAAUCGAUUAAAAUCUUACUAAAAGUCUGUUUGGUUUAUGAGACACUGUUUACAAUGUACUUCAUAAAG